AUGAAGUUCAACCCCUUCGUGACCUCGGACCGCAGCAAAAACCGCAAACGCCACUUCAAUGCCCCCUCGCACGUGCGCAGGAAGAUCAUGUCUUCCCCGCUCUCCAAGGAGCUGCGGCAGAAGUACAACGUCCGCUCCAUGCCCAUCCGCAAGGACGACGAGGUCCAGGUGGUUCGAGGACACUACAAAGGUCAGCAAAUAGGCAAGGUAGUCCAGGUGUACAGAAAAAAGUAUGUCAUCUACAUCGAGCGAGUGCAGCGUGAGAAGGCUAAUGGUACAACUGUUCAUGUGGGCAUUCACCCCAGCAAGGUAGUUAUCACCAGGCUAAAACUGGACAAAGACCGGAAAAAAAUUCUUGAACGCAAAGCCAAAUCUCGACAAGUUGGAAAAGAGAAAGGCAAAUAUAAGGAAGAACUUAUUGAGAAAAUGCAGGAGUGAAUAUAACCUGUUGUGCAACCACGGUUUAACUGUAGAUUUUUAGUCUGGAGUCGGUCUUGGCUUGUUGUCAGCAACCCGUUCACUACAAAUGAC